AUGAGCACAGAAAGUCUUCUCCAAGACAAUUCUCCUGCCGAGUGGGAUAGCCUUGAAUAUCACAAGUCGACGGGCACCGAUUCCCAAGCUUCUCAAGACUAUCUCAUAUUUUUUAUCUCUGGAAAUCCGGGCUUGAUAUACUAUUAUGAACCCUUUUUAUCCAAGCUGCAGUCACUCUUGAGCCUGUCAAGCUUUUCUCCAGCCCAUUUUCAAAUCUACGGUCAUUCCUAUAAGGGAUUUGAGAUAUCACCACACGUAGACAGCAUAUCAGAGCCUGCCGGCCUCAAACAACAGAUCAAGCAUCACGAGGAAUGCCUCCGCGGGCAAGUCAGAAAGCACCAGGGAGAGUUCCCAGGGAAAUCAUUGAAGGUCAUACUUGUUGGCCACUCGGUUGGAUCCUAUGUUCUGCUUGAAUUGAUUCAAAGGCACAAACAAAUGGUUCAAAAUGAUGACGAGGUGGAUGAUUUCGACUUAAUCGGUGGGAUUUUGCUCUUUCCCACAAUCGCCGAAAUAAGCCAGUCGAAUCUGGGCCGUAUCGCACGACUAAUACUUCCGCUUCCUGGUUUUGUUGGAGCUGUUGGUGUGAUUGCCCGCUUCGUAACGUCGGUAUUGUCGGAGAGCGCACUCAACCGGGUAGUCCAACUGGCAACGCGUUUCCCAGAAUAUGCCGCAAAAACAACUACAGCCUUUCUAAAAAGCUCGAUGGGCGUAAAACAAGCUUUACAUCUAGCCCGCGACGAGAUGAGAAUGAUCAAAAACGAAUGGGACAGCGAGCUGGAACUUGGUACUAUUUUGGGGAAAGAAGGCGAGUUUGUGCACGGUAAUGUCGUGAUUCGUGAUGCUAACAAAGGUCUGCAGGAUAGAUGGGUCGCUGAUCAUACACGGGACAAUAUCAUUAGGGCUCAAAAAGAACAAGGGCAAGUGCGGAAAGAAGAAUAUACUACCCAAAGCGUGAUAGACGAUCGAGGAACACGCCAUGAUUUUUGUACCACUCUGGACAGCAGUGAUUACGUGGCAGGUGAGGUGAAGAAUUGGAUCGACGAUAUUAUUAUGAGGCAUGGUCAGAUGAUGCGGCGUUCAUCAACAUUUGGAAAGCCGCCGGUAGGCCAACCUACAUAA